UAGCCUCGGCCAUGGCUCUGUAGCCGCGACCUGUUAGUGCCCCCGGCUCCUCUCCGCGCUUACCGCGCAAACGCUCUCCGCUUCCACCGUCUUUCUUCAAUCGAGGCAGCAGCCGCCUCUCCUUUCCACAGCCAUGGAGUACUCCACUUUUGCCUUGGUGCCUGUCUUUGCCCAGCUGAGCAGCCCACAGAGCCUCCUCCCAGCUGUUGGUGUAACCUCUUCUGCCCUUGGUGCCCAGCGCCUGUGCCACAGUCAUGUCACUCCUGGCGACCCUGGGGCUGGAGCUAGACAGGGCCCUGGUCCCAGCUAGCGGACUGGGCUGGCUGGUAGACUAUGGGAAACUCCCCCUGGCCCCUGCCCCCCUGGGCCCCUAUGAGGUCCUUGGGGGAGCCCUGGAGGGCGGGCUUCCAGGGGGAGGAGAGCCUCUGGCAGGUGACGGCUUCUCUGACUGGAUGACUGAGCGAGUUGACUUUACAGCCCUCCUCCCCCUGGAGGCUCCCUUACCCCCAGGUGCCCUGCCCCCACCUUCCCCACCUCCCCCUGACCUGGAAGCCAUGGCUUCUCUGCUCAAGAAGGAGCUGGAGCAGAUGGAAGACUUCUUCCUUGAGGGCCCACUCCUCCCUCCACCUUCACCACCACCACCACCUGCCCGAGGGGACCGCAAGCAGAAGAAGAGAGACCAGAACAAGUCAGCAGCUCUGAGGUACCGCCAGAGGAAGCGGGCAGAGGGCGAGGCCCUGGAAGGCGAGUGCCAGGGGCUGGAGGCGAGGAACCGGGAGCUGAGGGAGAGGGCUGAGUCGGUGGAGCGGGAAAUCCAGUACGUCAAGGACUUGCUCAUUGAGGUGUAUAAGGCCCGCAGCCAGAGGACCCGCAGCAGCUAGGGGCUAGGCCUUUGGGUUCUAGGGGCUGCUCAUCAGCUCAGGUCCAUUUUUGUCCUGGGGCUGAGGUGGGAGGAGGCGUCCUCCUGCAUCCCUUGGCCUCUGUCUUUAUUCUGCCCCUCCCCCCACACCCACUUUUGUCCUUGUCUCCUCUUGCCUAUUCUGGAUUUUGUGCCCCUCAUGGGAAUGUUUAGCCUUAGUCAACAUUGACACCCACCACUACUACAGUGAGGAGCCAGAGCCCACAGGGAGCUCAGAGCAGUGGAAGCCAGGAGCCCUGCUCUCUCAAAUUUCAAAUUAGUGGCUUCUUGCAGGUGCCCUUGGUGGGGUGGACUGACUACAAGACAGAGCAGGCUUGUGAGGCCAGGAAGACAUGCAGGGAGACUGUGCAAAUAAAACCCAAGUGGGGGGCGGGGAAGGGGACCCAUGUAAUAUAGGUGAAAAAGCAAGCCAAGUGUCCUUGGGAAUCGUUUCCUGGAGGGAGCCACAUACACAGAGCAGGCAGAUCUGCAGGCCAGUGGGGAGGAAGGGGGAUGGCUAUUGUUAGUGACUGGGGGAUCAUUUAGCUCUUGGGAGAAAAAUCAGUGUUUUGUGAAGGUUUGUGGGGAGGGGCUGCAUCUAGGUGAGGGGGUGUGAUCCUUUGGGAGAUUGUGAGCAGAAAUAAAAGUGGAGUUUUCUCUGACCUGUGUGUCUCGUCUUUGGAGAAGUCGGGGAGUGGGACUCUUAGCACAGACAGUAAUAAAGAUUACAGACUUUGUUCGUUGUCAUGUGCAUACACUUGGCAGAAAAGUGACAAACUCAAUUGGUAAAAAUAAAAGAGUCACUUUUAGAUUCAGACCAUUUAAUUGUUAACAUUAACAGCAGAAGAAAAGUUAACCACAGGAGCCAGGCCCCCAUGACCUUUGUCAUGCAUGUCAAAAAAUAACAACACAAGGGGCUGGGGAUAUAGCUCAGUUGGUGGAGUGCUUGCCUUGCAUGCCAAGGCCCUGAGUUCAAUCCCCAGCACCAAAAAUAAAAAGAGAGAGAAAGAAAAGAAAGAACAACAGAAAACUGGGCUACUGCAGUGAGUCAGGGGUGACCUCUGGCUGACUGCCCACCCACCCAUCUUUCACGUUCUGGAGGAUCACAAGGUGUAUUGCCAGGAAUGAGUCACUGUGGAUCCAGCUUCCUGUGUGGCCCCUGUGCCUGGGUUUGAGAUUACUACAGAUCUUGGUGGAGACAUUCCCCUGUAUUUGUUGAAGGCUUACUAUGUGCCAAGCACUGUUUUAGGUACUUAAUGUGCAUUAUCAGUGAACCCAAGAGGAAGGUAUGGUUAGUUAACUUUUGGAUGAAGAGACAAUCACUCAGUCCAUCUGUGCAGUUCCAUCUGCCAAGUGCUGGUGGGGAGGGCACAGGUGGGCACAGAGUGGUGAACAAGUCAUAUAUUUCAUUCAUCCUGUUGGGGAGACCAUUACAUCAAGUCACUUGGCCAAUUGUAUCAGUUCCAAGUGCUUUUGGCUGCAAGUGACAGUUCUGACCAUGGGUUGCAUAGAACAGAAGUUAAUUUUUCUCAAGUCCGCAGUGGGGAGCUGCUGGCACUGCUCAGAGGCUCAGGUCUCUGAUUUUCUUGGCCUUUGGUCAAAACCUAGAGGCCACAACUGCAGGCAUUGUACGUGAAUUCAAGGUAGGAAGUCAAAUCUUUCCUAGGAUAUUUAGCAGCUUCUGCCUCUCAUCUUAUUAUUUAGAGUUAUGGCACUUGGAUAUCCUAGCUACAAGGGAGGCUGAGAAUGCAUGUAUGUAUCUAGUGUCUCUACUGCAGGUAAAUUGGAGAGGGUAGGGAAUGGAUGUUGAAUGUGGGUAACAAUGUGUUUUACCCUCAAGACGACUCAUUAAUGGGCCAAAGAUUUUGACUUGGGCACCCUAACUGAGCAAGAUGUGGGAAUACUAGCUAAGGAAAGGAAAAUCCACUGUGUACUUACUGGGCACCCUCUCUACGUGCCAAGCAUGGUCUAGACACAGUCUAGAGGAGUGAACUGUACAGAUGUGGUUCCUGUCAUGGAGCUCACAGUUCAGUGGUGGAGGAAUCAACCAGACCACAGUGCACAGUUAAUUCUGGGAUGGUAAAAAUAUUUCCUUUUAUGGUAUUUAAAAUUUUACUUGUGGAAAAAUACAUAUAAAAUUGAUCCUCUUAACCAUUUUUAAGUGUAUGAUUCAAUAUUGUUAAGUACAAUUCGUAUUAUUAUUCACAUUUUUGCAUGACCAAUCUCCAGAGCUCUUUUUCAUCUGGCAAAAUUGAAACUCUGUACCCAUUAAGCAAUAACUACCCGUUUCCCUUCCUUCUGCCCCAGAUGACCAGCCUCCCACUUUCAGUCUCUGAAUUAGACUGCUCUAAAUACCUCAGGUGAGUAGAACCUGACCUCUCUCCCUUUGUGAUUGGCUUGUUUUGCUUAGCAUAAUGUAUUCAAAGUUCAUCUCUGUUGUAACAUGUGCCAGAAUUUCCUUCCUUCCUAAGGCUGACUGAUAUUCUAUUGUAUGUGGGUGUGCAAAUUUCUCCAGACCCCACUUUCAGUUCCUUUGGGAAUUGCUUGUUCAGUCUGAGGUCUUCAGUAGGUUGAAUGGUGGCCCUCCAAAAGAUAUGCAGCACCCUAACCCCCAGAACCUGUGAACCUGACUUUAUUUGGAAAAAGACAGAUUUGGGCUCUAAAUUCAAUGACAAAUGUCCUCUAAGGAACAUGGAAGAGAGACAGGAGAGAGCCAUGUGAAGGCCAAGGCCAAAUUUGGAGUCGUGUCACAAGCCAAGGAACUUCUGGAGCCACCAGAAGUUGAUAAAGGAAAGAAAGGACUCUGCCCUAGAGCCUUAGAGGAAAGGCCUGUGCCAUCUCCUUGAUUUCACACUUUCAGUCUCCAGAACUGAAAGAAUAGAUUUCUGUUUCUUUAAGCAACCAAGUGUGGUAGCUUCUUAUGGCAGCCCUAGGAAACUGAUACACCAUUACAGUUUAAAAUGGUGAUCAUCAUUUGGCGGGGGGGCUUUUUCUUCUUUAUCCUUCAUUUUUUGGUGCUGAGCAGAGCAAGUUUAAAAAAAAAAUAAAAAGAAGAAAAAAAUAACUUCAUGAGAUGCCAUAACUAUUGAUCAACCUUCCUGUGGAUUUCCACCUUGGCUUCUCAGCUGGAGGCCGUAACCCUCCUGGCUUGAAUUUGGUUUGAAGCAUCCCUGAUUGGCAGAAGCAAACACAAAUGUCAAGGCCUGAAUUCAAGUUUGCAGCCAAGGCCCUCAGGACAAAGCGUCUUCAUGCUUACCUCUCAGGUUCCCCCUCUCCCUGUGGACUUGGACCCGGGAAGACCUUGCCCAUUGUUCACAAGUCCUUGUCCUUUCUGUGCAGAUGUUUUCCUGAUGCUUUAUAUAAAUUUAAGUGAAAUGGUUUGUUUGCACAAUCUAGAAUAGACUACCACACCAUCAA